AAUCUGCAACUCACUCAACCUAAUUCUACAAAUGUCCAAGAGAAACGAAAUUCGACAGAAAGAGCAGCUCCAAGUCCAGCUACAAGCCCAGUUCAACAAACUUGAUCAAACUGUAUUAUCAUGGUUAACCAAACCUGCUGGAGAAUCAAAGCCGGAAACUCCGCCACUCACUAAAUUGACUUCAGCAGAUAAGACUGAUGAUUUCAAACCUCAAUCAGAUGCCACACAGCAGUUCAUUAACCAGAUAGUUAUCCCUUCAGGCAAGGGCAUCAAUUUUUCUGAUUUGGAGCCUAAAAACAAUAACAACUCCUCUAUGGUAACGAUAAAUGAUUUUUUGGACGUUGUUUCAGCGAAGAGGAAUUCAUCUAGCAGCAGAAGGGAAACAAAUGGCAAGGGUGGAAUGAGUGAGAAGGUAAAUAAGAUAGGCGAUGUCAAAAGAAGAACAAAUAACUCGAACUCUUUACGUGCACUAAGUAAUAAAUUAAGGGACGACCGAAGGGAGAAGUUGAGAACUAAUAUACGAAAAGAAGGACCGAAUAAUAAAUAUGAUUUGAAGAAGCAUAGUGCCAAAGUCACCACUAAAUUAAACACGAAUCGCUCAGGAUCGGAAUCUGACUCAGAGAUUGAUGAUGAGAUAUUACACAGGAAAAGUAAGAGCUCAGGAAUGUUAGCCAAGGCAACUAAGAAUAAAAGGCCGUUUUGAAAAUGCAGGUAUGAAAAGGUUUUUCCACCAUUUAUAUCCACUGUGUAUCUUAUUUAUAAAACAAUCUAGAAAUCUUUACUAGAAAAUAUUAUACUAUUAUUAGCAG